AUGGCACAAACUUACAACGACAAGAUGAAUUACGAUAUGAUAUUCAUCAACAGGGGAGUAGAUACUAUGGUCACUAUCCCCGACUUUUUGGCCCGUUGGCCGGCCGAAAAAGGAUGGCCUUGGCGAGUAGAGCUGCACCCAGAUUCCGAAAGCAUCAAAAGCGAGGCCGAGACAUGGAUGCGGUCCUUCUCCGGAAUUCCGGCAAACUUCAUCAACAAGAUCAUCGCCGCCAGCUUCCCCGAGAUAGCUUGUAUCAACUAUGCGCACAUGGACACGGCUUCUUGCCUUCUAGCUGCACAGGUGAUGCUUCUGUUCUUUGUCAUCGAUGAGACGACGGAUACCAGGGACGAAGAAGAAGUCCGAAGGCAGUGCUCAAUAGUCAAGGACGCAUUCUACUUUUCGGGUGCUGCCCACAAGAAGCCAAAGUCCUCAGAGCAGCUGUCAUCUUUGGAGCUCAUGGCGAAAGAUGUUGCCGAGAGAUACCUCGAGAUAGGCACCAAGGAGUCUUGGCAACUCUUCAGGGACUUGUUCAAUGAUUACUUGGACGGCGUCGUUGAGGAGGCGGGCCUUCGCCGCAGGCUGCCCGCACUACCCAGCCGGAAUGAGUACAUGACCGUGCGUCAGAAAACGAUCGGCAUGUACCCGAGCAUAGCGUUUCUUCUGAUCAAGUGCGAGGUGCGGCGCGAGUCUUGGGAGGAGCCUACGAUUCAGUCUCUCAUGAACAUGUGCUUCAGAAUUAUCAUCAACCAGAAUGAUAUGUACAGCUUCGACAAAGAGCAGGCCAAGGGCGAGGACAGCCAUAAUGGUGUCAGGAUCAUGAUGAACGAGUUCGAUAUUGGAGUACAAGAAGCCAUGGAUCGACUCGGGGCGGAGACCCGGGAGCUUGUCAGCACCUUUAUCGACUUGUCUGAGAACAUGCCCACUACAGAAACGAUGAAGGACUACGAACACUAG